GUGUUCUGGUUGCUUGAUCACCUCUCACUGUCAGUAAAAUAUACAAAAUCGUCAGCGCUUUUUUGGUGCAACUUUUUAUUUAAUUUGGAGGAAUUCGUUCCGAUCAUAAUGCACCAAGAGUAUACAAUAUCAUUUGCUAGUUUAGUGAUUAAUACCUUCCAUAUCAUAAUUCUCACCAGUGCUGCUAUGCGGAACUCUUCCAUAAAUCUCAUUAUGGCUGCGGUUGCAAUUUUUGACAUAUUCACAUUGUUUCCAACUUUCGAGCGUUUCAUUUCGGAAUUUAUCAGCUCGUUUCAUCGCUGCUCACAACCACCUUCAUACUCUGAAGCGUUCAUGGAAAUAUGCAAAACGGAAUUCAAAGAUUUUUCGCAAAAAUGCUCUACAUGGCUAUGCUUUUUUAUUGCUCUCAUUCGAACAUUGGUAAUCCGUAACCCUCUAAAUCCAAAGUAUGAGAAAUUGGCACAUUCAAAAUUUUCGAUUUAUUUUAUAAUUGUAACAGUUCUGUUCAACAUGCCAUUCACCGUUUUAGGCUUUUUGAAAUACGAAAUAGUUGAAAUGGACUUUUUGUACGAAUGUGUUCGAGUUAUAAAUGGAAAACAAUAUGUUAUGGUUAUCUCCAAGUUUUACCGGCAUAACAAAGUACUUAUAGAAUUUCUGGAGACGCUCAAUUCUCUUAUUUCCAAAAUUAGUCCUUGUCUGCUUUUUCCGAUAGUCACAAUAUUUUUAAUUCGAGAAAUCAAAAAAGCUGAUGAAAACAGAAGAAAAAUAUCAUCCUCUUCUUCGGCCAAGACUUCGGAUUCUCGAAAAACAUCUCGAUUGGUGUUAUACAUGACAGUUAUGUUCUUCGUUUCCGGUUUUCCAUACAGUGUAAACUCUGUAGUUGGCUACUAUUUUGUACAUGUUCCCGGUAUAUGGCAAAUCCUACAACAGAUCGGGUUCAUGCUGUCACUUUUAUUAAAGUUGAACACAAUGUCCCAUUUUGUUGUAUGUCUUUGUAUGUCACAUCAAUAUCGGCAAACUGCAAUUGGUAUCUUAUUCUGUGGACAUUUAGCAUUUCAAGAUAAAAAGUCAAGUGUAGUUGGUGUAUCUCAAAACAAUUCUAGAAAAGCUUCAUCAACAAUUAAAGCAGUGUCCUAA